AGAAAGAACAGCGUGCCAAAGGACACUUCUUUUCAAGAGCCCUAGCUCGAGUCUUCUUAUUUGUAUAAUUAAAUAUUCUAGGAUAAGGAAUGGCCAGCUCUGAAUUUACAUAUAAAUUGACCGAUGAGGACAUAAAAAAUCUGAUCCGGCUGAGGACCACAAACGCGUUGCUGUUUACCAGGAAAAGAAAUGCAGCCAAGGCAGCUUGGAGCGCCAUUAUUAGGGAGUUGGGUUUAGAAGACAAGGUGACAGUUGAACAGAUUGCCAAGAAAUGGGAAAACCUAAAGCUAAAAUACAAGGAAAUAAAAUAUCCUCCUCCUGGAAUGGAGGCAGUCGCAAGAUCUUCUCAGUGGAGAUGGUUUAAACUCCUGGAUGAAGCAUUAAAGGAUGAGUUUACGCCUGAUGAUAGCUUUCACUCAAUGACAUCAUCAACAGGCGACGAAGACUGUGGCCCACAGGCCAGCAAGAGGAUAUGCCAGGUGAAAGUAGGAAGUGAUGUAUUAGAACUUCUGGUGGACGAUGACAGUAUAACGCGGGUCGGAGACUCAGGACCAACUGUACUAAGCCAGGAGAGGCUGCUGGGAGAGGAGAACCCGACAAUGCUGUCAGGCCUGGACAUUGAGCGGGCCAGGUUAGCUCAAGAACGACAGAUUCUCGAAAAGGAGCUUGAAGAGCUGGACAGAGAAAGACUGGUAUUAGACAGAGAAAAGGAUCUGGCUGACCGGGAGAAGCUGGCGCUCCAGAGAGACCGGGCGCAGCUGGAGAAAGACAGAGCUGCUGUGGAUAGAGACAGAGCAUCGCUGGAACAGGAUAGAGCCCGGCUGGAGAAAGACAGGGCAGCGUUGGAGAGGGACAAGGCGGCACUUGUGAGAGACAGAGAGACUCUGAAAGCUGAGAAUCAAGGGAAAAACUCUACUGAGUGCAGCCUAGACACUCCACAUGAGAAGAACAGAGAGAAAUUAAUUCUUUUGUUUGAGAGACUGAUAGAAAAGUUCUGAGAUUACAACAACUCUGGUGUUAUCAGCAGUUAAACUGGUGAAUUUAUUUAUUUUUUUCCAGUGUAGUUCCAGGUUUUUUCCACCAUAUAAACAGGAAUAACAUUUUUUGAGGUUUAAAGUCAGGUUUUUAAGGUGCAUAAAUAUCCCAAACCUCUUUUGGGUCAAUUUCCAAAGCAAACAUCAAGCCUAGUACUGUAUUUCACUAUGAAAUACUGUAAUAUUUAGGCCACAAUGAUUUCCAACUUAAGUGUUUUUUUUUUUGAGAACUGGCCCAUUGUAAAAUCUGACAUUAUUCACCAUCGUGUUUGCAUUGUGUUGCUACUUGUAGAUUUCAUUCCAGGGAUAUUGACUGUUUAAACGUCUGACUCUGUCAGAUUAUUUACAUGUAUACGUACGUGAAUAGAAAUAUUCCUUGCUAAUUGUUUGCCUUGUUCAACCUUCGUUAAAGAAAAAAAUAUCAAAAGCUUUAUUGUAAAUAUAGAAUAAAGUACAGUGUUUUGGAAUAAA